UUCACUAGAGCAAAAGCCCCAACAAGCUACCGUGCUCUUUAUCCGUUCACUCCUACGAAGGACGACGAAGUGGCGCUGGAAGUGAAUGACAUCAUUUUUGUAGUUGAAAAGUGCGACGACGGCUGGUACAUUGGGACCGUCUUGCGAACCGGACAGUUUGGUACCUUCCCCGGUAACUACGUGGAACGGCAUGUAAGACAUAACAGUGCAGGGACCAUUUUUGCGGAAAUGAUAAAAAAUUUUGCUUUGAAGAGAUGCUUGACGAGAAAUAAUUUAUGA